AUGACUGACAGCGGGCAGCCUGCCAUUGCCGGCCACUUUUACCGGAUUCCACGCUUCUCCGGCCGCAUUGUGGGCCUCUGGCCGCAGAGGAUCAGGGGCGGGGACGGGGGCGAUGGCGGUCGUCCUUGGCACGCCCACCUGCUCUUCGUGUUCGCCUUCGCGGUGGUGCUGUUGGGUGCGGCGGGCGAGGUGUCCUACGGCUGUGUCCACCUGGAUAACCUGGUGGUGGCACUGGAGGCCUUCUGCCCCGGCACCACGAAGGCCGUCUGCGUGCUGAAGCUGUGGGUCUUCUUCCGCUCCAAUCGCCGGUGGGCGGAGCUGGUGCAGCGCCUGAGGGUCAUGUUGUGGCAAUCGCGGCGGCAGGAGGCCCAGAGGAUGCUGGUCGGACUGGCCACCACGGCCAACAGACUCAGCCUGUUGCUGCUCAGUUCUGGCACGGCGACCAAUGCCGCCUUCAAUCUGCAGCCGCUGAUUAUGGGUCUGUACCGCUGGAUUAUGCAACUGCCGGGUCACAUCGAACUGCCCUUCAACAUCAUACUGCCCUCGUUUGCCGUGCAGCCAGGACUCUUUCCGCUCACCUACGUGCUGUUGACCGCUUCCGGUGCCUGCACCGUGUUCGCCUUCAGCUUCGUGGACGGCUUCUUCGUCUGCUCGUGCCUCUACAUCUGCGGUGCCUUCCGGCUGGUGCAGCAGGACAUUCGCAGGAUAUUUGCCGAUUUGCAUGGCGAUUCAGUCGAUGUGUUCACCGAGGAGAUGAACGCGGAGGUGCGGCACAGACUGGCCCAAGUUGUCGAGCGGCACAAUGCGAUUAUCGAUUUCUGCACGGACCUAACACGCCAGUUCACCGUUAUCGUUUUAAUGCAUUUCCUGUCUGCCGCCUUCGUCCUCUGCUCGACCAUCCUGGACAUCAUGUUGAACACGUCGUCGCUGAGCGGCUUAACCUACAUCUGCUACAUCAUCGCGGCCCUAACGCAGCUAUUCCUCUACUGCUUCGGCGGCAACCACGUCAGCGAGAGUAGUGCCGCUGUGGCGGACGUGCUGUACGACAUUGAGUGGUACAAAUGCGAUGCGAGGACUAGGAAAGUGAUUUUAAUGAUAUUGCGGCGUUCGCAGCGGGCAAAAACAAUUGCGGUGCCGUUUUUUACGCCCUCACUGCCAGCACUGAGAUCUAUACUCAGCACGGCCGGCUCAUAUAUCACGCUGCUGAAGACGUUCCUGUAAGCCCACGCGGCGUAUGAUUGAUAUGCCGGAUUGGGCGCUGUCCUCCGCUGUUUGUUUAAAUUAAGAGCUGCAGCCGAACGGACCUCAAAUUGCCUGCGAAUAAAAGUGGGCGUAGCAACAAGUGCCGCCUGUCCUGGCCGUAAUUGUUUCAUUUAAAUA